AUGGCUCAUGGUGCUGUUGGUUCUCUUAAGCUAACAAUUGAGCGCCUAAAAAAUUCCUCCUAUAUUUCGAUUGUUCAAAAUUCAUCCCCAAAAAUAAUAAAGCUUUUGUACAAAGAGGUUUGUUCCUUCCAAGAUGCUCUCGAAGAAUUCGAUGAAAGGAGAAACACCAUUAACAUGAAGAUGGUGAAAAUUUUGGAGGCAGAAAUCAUGGAUGUUGUAUACCAAUUUGAAGAUGUAAUAGAAUCUUACGUAUUAGAUCAGAUUCAUUCACAGUCCGAAGAAAGCCAUCAUGGAGAUCAGAUUCAUCCUCCAUCAAUGUUAUUCUCAGUAGACCUGCAAGAACUAAAGCAAGAUGUCGAUUCCUUUAUCAAAACGGUGAAAAAGAUGAAGAGGGCCUACAUCCACGAGUUACGCAACCCUUCACCCGAAGAAGAAGAAGAAGAUGAUGAUGUUGUCACGUCAAGAAUUAAUUUUGGUGGAAAUCAUGAGCCGAUGAUUGGAUUUUCAGAACACUUUAUUGAACUCAGAGAUUUAUUCACGAACAACUACGAAGAUCCUUCACGGAUGAUUUUCUCCCUCGAUGGGAUGGCGGGCAUUGGUAAGACCACUCUUGCCACGAAACUCUUUCAAGAUCCAUCAAUUGUGAGUUGUUACACCAGACGUGCGUUUGUCACCAUAGGCCCCAAAUAUCUUUUAAAAAACGUCUUGCUGCAUAUUUUAGUACAAUUGAAUCCUUCUCUUGAAAUAAGUGAUGUCGAUGGAGAAACGUUGGCCAUGUUGGAAAGGAUGGUGCGCAACAGUUUAAAGCAUCAGAGAUACUUCAUCGUGCUAGAUGAUAUAUGGGAUGAAAAGCUUUGUUCUGCCUUGAAGAAAUUAUUUCCAGACGACGAUAAUCGAAGUUUAGUACUGAUGACAACCAGGAUAGGCGAUGCAACUGAUAUUGCACAUGAUUGUCGGUAUGAUUUACCCCUCCUUGAUAAGAAAGAUAGUUGGGUUCUUCUCCGUCAGAAAGUAUUUGGUCAAGAAGCAUGCUCCUAUGAACUCGAGAAAGCUGGAAAGAAGAUUGCAGAGAAUUGUGAAGGUCUUCCUCUUACAAUCGUCACAGUUGCCAACAUCCUAUCCAAAUCCGAAAAAACAACGGAGUACUGGAACAAGGUAUCGGAUGAAAAAGAUUCGAUUUACUACGAUGCAUAUGAUCAAAUGUCAAAGGUAUUACUUCCAAGCUAUAACUAUUUAGAUCAACGUUUGAAAGCAUGCUUUCUCUACAUGGGAAUUUAUCCUCAACGUUAUAAGAUACUUUUUAUAGAGUUAUUCGGCUUACAUAGCUUGUGGAAUGCAGAAGGAAUUGUCUACUCUGCUGAACAAUUUCGUGAAAAAGUUUCUCAGUUAAAAAUGGUCGAGAUGUUUGAUUUAGACCCUUGUAGUUAUUAUAUUCUUGAGCUUUCUCUAAAAAAUCUUAUUAUACAUGACGGAGAAAAAUCAUGUUAUUCCCUUCAUUCAUCCUUUUGGUACAUGUGUAACAAAGAAGCUGUCAAGAACAAGUUUUUCUAUGCCUUCAAUUAUUCUGCUGGUGCUUUACCAGAAGAAGAUCUAAUCUACCAGCGCCGACUGUGCAUGCAAAAUAACGUUCUACUUGCCAUACAAGAUGUGCAAGACUCAAUUACCUCAGCUUCAAUGGUACGCUCUCUCCUCUGUACUGGUAAUUUUCAUGAAUAUCCAGUACCAUUGUGUUUGGAACAAUUAAGGAUGCUCAGAGUAGUGCACGCUUUUACAAUCAGAUUCUACGAAUUCCCAAUGGAAGUAUUAAAAUUAGUUCAACUAAGAUACCUUUCCCUUUGUUUCAAUGGAAACAUCCCUUCUUCCAUAUCCAAACUUUGGAACCUUCAGUGGUUGAUCAUCGGUCAAAAACUGAUUGUUGAAAACAAAUCAUCAUGUAAUAUGCCAAUGCAGAUAUGGGAUAUGAAAGAAUUGAAGAAACUUGAUGUUGGGGGAAAAAAACUAUCAGAUCCUCGUGAAGGAUCUUUCUUACCAAACCUUUUAGGACUUCAUGGCCUGCAUCAUCAAAGUUGUACCAAAGAUGUUUUUGAAAAAAUCCCUAAUCUAAUGGAGUUAUCUAUCGUAAUUAGUUCGUCUCAUGAUAAUGGUGAUCAACCCUUGAGCUGCUUUGAUCAUGUUUCCCAUCUACAUAAACUACAAUCACUAGUAUGUAUCAUUCAAAACCCUACAUUCGAGGCUGAGGUCGUUGCCCCACUUGCUCCUCUUUCAUACUUGCCGUCAAGUCUUACAAAGUUAUAUUUGAGCGGCUUAGGUUAUCCGUGGGAAGAAAUGAGCAAAAUUUCUUCAUUGCCAAAUCUUACACAUCUCUACUUGAAAUUCUAUGCCUUUCGAGGCCCAAAGUGGGAGGUCCGUGACGAUGAAUUCCAAAGGCUGGCGUAUCUUGAGAUUGAAGACAGUGAUCUGCCGUUAGCGUCGUGGACUGCAGCCCUAUGGCUGUGA